AUGGAUUUCACGAAUAAAGUAGUUGUUAUUACUGGAGCUAGUUCGGGAAUAGGAGCUGCUACAGCGAUUCAUUUUUCAAAACUUUCAGCACAAUUAGUUUUAGUUGGUAGAAAAGAAAAUAAUCUCAAGAGAAUCUCCUUGUAUUGUGAAAAAGCUAAAGCAGUGAAGCCAUUACCCAUAGUAGCAGAUUUGACUGAAGAUUCGGACGUCGAGAGAAUAGUCAAAGAAACUAUAGACCAGUUUGGAAAGAUCGACGUUCUGAUUAAUAAUGCUGGCGUUAUAUCCAUGGGAGGACUUAAGGACUCAAAUAUGGAAAUGUACGACAGAGUCAUGUCGACGAACAUACGAGCUGUGUAUUAUUUAACUAAACUUUUUACUCCAUACCUAAUAGAAAGCAAGGGUUGUAUUGUAAAUGUUUCAAGUAUUCUUGGAAGUAAAGUUACAACAAAUGCCUUAGCAUAUAACAUGUCAAAAGCUGCAUUGGAUCACUUCACAAAAUGUGUCGCUUUGGAACUGGGGCCAGAUGGUGUAAGAGUAAACUCGGUAAACCCAGGUUUUGUGAAGACAAAUCUGUUGAAAGAUGUCGGGCUUUCUGAAGAUCAACUAGAAAUGUUGGUUAAGAAUAUUGUAUGUAGGAAUCCAUUGAAACGGCAGGUGGAAGGUGAUGAAGUCGCUUCUGUUAUUGCAUUUCUAGCCAGUGAUAAAGCAAAGAGCAUGACUGGUACAUUCCUGAAUAUAGAUUGUGGAAGUCUUCUAAGCUCAUAG